AUCCCCUCCCUCCCUCUCUCUCCGAUCCUUCUCAUUCGCAUCCGCACCCACCACCGCGGCGCCGCCGGACCUCGCCGCUGCCGCGCUAGCUGCUUUGUUCCCUUUCUCCCGUCAUCGCCGCUGCGCCUCCUGGCCUCAAGACUACCUCCGAUUUCCCAACGCCGAAGCCGCCCCUUAGCCAUCCGCUCUUCCUACGGAGUUUGUUGUUUGAACUGUCCUCAGGGCAAUCAUGGCCUUCAGAUCAAGAGAGAUAUAUAACAAGGUUGCACGCAAGGUAGGAGACAAAAUGGCUCCUGAAGUGCUGGAGUCUAUGAAGAAGCUCAUCCCCAACAGCAAGGUCGUAAUGGAACGCGCCAAGCGUGGGAUCUUUGCUGGCCGUCACAUCCAGUUUGGCAACAAGGUCAGCGAGGACGGAGGCAACAAAUCUAGAAGGACAUGGAAGCCAAAUGUGCAAGAGAAACGCCUUUUCAGUUAUAUCCAUGAUCGACACAUUCGAGUUAAAGUCACCACUCAUGCUCUUCGGUGCAUCGAUAAAGCUGGAGGAAUAGAUGAGUAUCUUCUGAACACUCCCUACCGUAAGAUGGACACGGAGUUAGGCUUAGCAUGGAAAGCCAAAAUUGAGAAAAUGUAUGCAGAGCUUGGGCAAAUGGAAGUGGGCUUCUUCCCACCUGAAGAGGAAGCCAAAAUCGAGAAGGGAUUUGCAGAGGAAGAUGCCGCCAAGAAGGAGGCUCGAAUGGAGGCCAGAAAAGCAAGGGCAAAGCAAAGGCAGAUUAACAGCGGUAUCGUUGGAGAUCAGACAACAAACGUACAAGAACUCGGUGAUGGAGCAAGUGAAGAUACGGCACAUGUGGAGGAUGGAAUUUCCCAGCAAACCGAAUCAGUUAAAUAAUUCGGUUGAUUUUGUGUUUCUCAACUCUGUUCUAUUAAGCCUUUGAAUAAAAAUAGGAGUUACAAGAAACAUUUAGGUUGGGCGCAACAAGGUCCCAACAAUGCCUUUGUAUUCUGUUUGCCACUCUGAUGCUUGUUCAGGUUUGGUCGAGUUGUGAUAGGGCUGGGUUCUGAUCCCGACCGAGAUUAUAUA